CGAAAAUGUUGGAGCUUCCUAUUUGUUUUUUCGUUUGUUGACAUUCUGUUUUUGACGUGAGAUGAAUGUGUCAUUUUAAUUUUAGCAUAUACACACAAUUUUCCGAAAAUAAGUAAAUACAUUUACUUAACAGUGCAGUGGGCACCUAGUUUUCCAGAGAUAUGUGAACAUUCUGGUAGUAAAGCCACCGGUAUUAUGGCAUUUAUUUUGCGCAAAACUUAUUUAGUAAAGCAUAUUGGUAAAUUUUCAAAGUAAAUAAUGUCUAAUAACAAUUCCUCUAUCGGCAAAGCGAGAGGUAGGCCGCCAAAGAAAAUCAUAUCGUGUACCUGGUGUAAUGAAACGAAGCUUCCCUUGAAAUAUGUGUUUCCCACCACAAAUGGAAAGAAAGAGUUUUGCUCUGAGACUUGCCUUGCAGAAUUCCGAAAGGCAUAUGUCAAAGGAGCUUGCAUACAGUGUGAUAAUGUUAUUAGAGGCAAUGCUGCCCCUUCAAAAGAAUACUGCUCGACUUAUUGUAUGAACAAGCAUCAAAAGAAAGAAUUGGCAAGUACUAGAGUAGCUGCUGUGGCUCCUACUACACCAUUAGAGGGUUCUCCUGGACCAUUUCAGUAUGAGACAUAUCAAGCAUUUAACUGGGACGAAUACCUAAGAGAAACCAACAGCAUUGCAGCCCCUCAAAGUUGCUUUAAACAAGCCCCCAGUCCCCCCUAUAAUGACUUUGAAGUGAGCAUGAAAUUAGAAGCUCUAGAUCCCAGAAAUGUUACAUCUACGUGCAUUGCUACAGUGAUUAGUAUAUUAGGUCCCAGACUGCGAUUAAGAUUGGAUGGUAGUGAUAACAAAAAUGACUUUUGGAGGUUGGUUGAUUCUGGCGAAAUACAUGCAAUAGGUCAUUGUGAAAAGAAUGGUGGAAUGCUACAGCCUCCCUUGGGAUUCAGAAUGAAUGCCAGCUCGUGGCCGAUGUUUCUGCUCAAAAUCUUGAAAGAUGCGAAGAUGGCACCCGAAAAUAUAUUCCAAAAGGAACCUGUGGGCCCGCGACAAAACUUGUUCCAAAUCGGUCAGAAAUUAGAAGCUGUUGAUAAGAAGAACCCUCAGUUGAUUUGUUGUGCCACAGUUGGGGCUGUGAAGAACGACCAAAUCCAUGUCACUUUCGAUGGGUGGAGAGGAGCCUUCGACUACUGGUGUAGGUAUGACAGCAGAGAUAUAUUCCCUGUGGGGUGGUGUGCUAGAUCUGGGCACCCGAUGCAACCUCCUGGGCAGAAGAAUAGUGGUGGAACAAACAGAUUUAGAAUCAGACCAGCUUUCGCAGCUCCUCCACCUACUUCAUCAGUUAGUUCAACAGCUGCGGAAGUUCAAUCCCCUGAAGCGGACACAUCAGCCCCUCCCCCGCCACCGAUCGUCAUCAACUUCCGUAAAAGCUGUUCUGGAGGUCCAUUGAUCGAUACCGCUCAGCUCGCAUUAAGUAUAGAGGACGCCACACCGUCAGAUUUGGCCAAAAAGCUGGUCAACCAAGUGCUCAAUGCCUCUCAUAAGUCAGAGACCAUUUUGGCUAGAUUGGGGGCGCUUAGAGGCGAAGAGAUGGUCAUAACUCACGAAGGGAGCACCUAUACGAUCAAACUGCCGCAAUUGGUGAAGGCAAGCGAUUUGAAUGGAGUUUUUCAGACGUUAGCGCAGGCGUUAGGAUGCUGUCAAAAUAUAUUUAGUUUGGAACGGACCGUGAAAGACUGUCUCUCAUGUGACGUAAAAAGUGCUCCGACGCCCCCGAAACGCAAGCCGCCCGAACAAGAAGCGGCCACAUCGACUACCCCAGCUGAACCGUCGAUUUCUUCUGAGUCGCCGGUUUUGAGCUUGAACAAAAUUCCCACUGGUGAGUGGGGCAUCGAGGAGGUGAUCCAGUUCAUAGAGUCGGUGGAUCCUUGUUUGGGAGUGCAUGCAGAUUUGUUUCGAAAACAUGAAAUCGACGGCAAGGCCUUCUUGCUCCUAAACUCGGACAUGAUGAUGAAAUACAUGGGCCUGAAAUUAGGUCCGGCUCUCAAAAUUUGCAAUUUAGUUUCUAGACUUAAGGGUAGAAGACACUUAUUGUAAGAAAGAGAACCAUUUUUCCGUACUUGCAAAGUAUGAUUUAGUUGAUAUUUUACACAUUUUAUUUUCUCUGUCUUUAUGUAGUUUUGAGAUUCGUACGUAUGGAAAUAUGUUUUGAGAUGUUUUUAGCGUGUAAAAUACAACUGUUUUCCCCCAGAAAGGGGUGUAUUUACAGGGCUAGGUAUCAUAGUAGUAGUGUUUUCUUCUUUUUAUUUAAGACAGUAUUUUUAAGCAGUCAAGCUCUACGUAGACAAUACGUAUUACUUUUUCUCGUUCAACAUUCAAAUAUUUUUAUUUAUUUUUCUUUUUGUUUUUGCAGUAUUUUAUAUUUUUUACACUGUUAUAUUCGUUUUUUAUAAACCUAAAAUAAGAAAUUCUGUUUUAUUUUGCUGAGAUAUUGGGUCUAUUGAAUAAAAAGAAGUCUUUGCUUUUACUUACAAUUAUUUAAGUAUUUACUUAAUACUAAUUGAACAAAGUCAUUUCUUUAAUGCUUUAUUCAAUUACUAUUAAGUAAAUACUUAAAUAAUUGUAAGUAAAAGCAAAUACUUCUUUUUAUUCAAUAGACCCAUUGUCUAACAAACGGUAAGUUAUACAAAAAAAAAUUCAAAAGCUUUUUUAUUUUAAAAACCUUAUUUUGUAAAAGGUAUAUGUAUUUGAAAUCCCUAAAAAGGGCUGUAUCACAACAAAACGUUUUCGGAAUCAAUAUUCCAUCAUCAGUGUUAUCACAGGUUUACAUACUUUAAGCCACCAAAAUGUACGGGUAAAAACCCUUAAAUUGAUUUUAAACAGUUGGGGUUACAUUAUAUUAUCUGAUUUUGAAAGAUGUUUAAAAUAUUUCCAGAUUAACCCCUGGCAUCACAUGACAUCAACCAUAUUGGUUGGGAAAGUGAAGGUAUAACCUUACAUGGCAGAGUUUAGGUGACAACUCUAGUUUAGUGACAACUUUAGUUGUCACCUAAACUCUGCUAUGUAAGGUUAUACCUUCGCUUUUCCAACCAAUAUGGUUGAUGUCAUUUGAUGCCAGGGGUUAAUCUGGAAAUAUUUUAAACAUGUUUCAAAAUCAGAUAAUAUAUUGUAAGCCCAACUGUUUAAAAUCAAUUUAAGGGUUUUUACCCGUACAUGUUGGUGGCUUAAAGCAUGUAAACCUGUGAUAACACUGAUGAUGGAAUAUUGAUUCCGAAAACGUUUUGUGAUACAGCUCUUUUUAGGGAUUUUAAAUACAUAUAUAUAGACCGGUCACUCUAGUAUAGAGUAUAGGUCGCUCAGGUUCAUGAGCUCUUUUAAUCCAUUUCAUGCGGUGGAUUGGUCCGCAUAAUUCCUCUUCAUUAUCCUUUAUAGAUUUUCGUGUUUUUUUUUGCUUUUUCUGUAAUCUGUUUCCAUUCUUUCCUAUUCUGUAUUUUUUCUCUCCAGCCUGUAAUUUCCAUAUUGGAUAUAUCCUCUCGCAGUUGGUCUUCCCAUCUUAUUUUCGGUCUUCCUCUAGGUCUGUUUAUUACUGGCGUCCAAUUUGUUAUCUGCCUAAUUAGUGCAUCUGCUUCUCUUCGUUGGAUGUGGCCAAACCAUUUUAGCCUUUGUGCUUUAAUGAAUCUCACUAUAUCUUCUCCUUCCAUUAGAUUUCUUAUUUCGUGAUUCAUCAGAAUUCGUAUUUCUCCUUGAUAUGUUUUGAUUGGGCCAUGUGUUCUUCUAAUAAUUUUUCUUUCUAUUAUUCUCAGUUUUUCUUCAUCUUUUUUUGUAAGGCACAUUGCUUCUGCUCCAUAAGUGAUGACUGGUCUAAUUGCCGCUCUAUAUAUCUUUGUCUUUGUUUUCUUGCUUAGGUUUUUAUCUUUAAGUAACUUGUGGUAUUUCCAGAAUGCCCUAUUCCCUGCUUUAACUCUUUCAUUUAUCUCUAUGCUUCUUCUGUUUUGACCAUCUACUAUCACUCCUAAGUAUUUAAAGCAGUCAACCCUUUGGAAUACAUUAUCACUUAUUCUUAUCUCUUUUAUUCUAUUUACUUGGUCUUGAUUUCUCGUACUUAUUAAGUAUUUUGUUUUUUUCUGAUUUAUUAUUAACCCCCUGAUUUUUGCCUCUCUUGUCAAUGUUAGCAGUGCAUCUUCUAGACUUCUCUUGUCACGGGCUAUCAACCCUAGGUCGUCUGCAUACCCUAUUAUUUGUGUAGAACUUUGGGAAGGUUAUACCUUCGCUUUUCCAACCAAUAUGGUUGAUGUCAUUUGAUGCCAGGGGUUAAUCUGGAAAUAUUUUAAACAUGUUUCAAAAUCAGAUAAUAUAUUGUAAGCCCAACUGUUUAAAAUCAAUUUAAGGGUUUUUACCCGUACAUUUUGGUGACUUAAAGCAUGUAAACCUGUGAUAACACUGAUGAUGGAAUAUUGAUUCCGAAAACGUUUUGUGAUACAGCUCUUUUUAGGGAUUUUAAAUACAUAUACCUUUUACAAAAUAAGGUUUUUAUUUUUUGUGAUUUAUGGUAUACAGUUUUUUUUAUAUACAGCCAGUACAGGAUUUUUUUUUCCUUGUGAUAUCUUUUUUAUUUUUUUUUUUUAAUAAAUUUUGUUUUACUAAAAAGUGGACACAAUACAAAAUCACGUGAAAGCUGGGCACACGUCACUUUACUACGGUGUACAGUCUAGUUUUCUUUAAGACUAAGAGUCAAUUAAUAUUUUUCCCACUAAAUUCGUUGCACGCAAUCUAUGACGUUGUCAUUUUUGCACAGUACUGUAAAUACUGUGCACAGUAUUGUGAAGUCAACAUUCAAAAACGCGCGUGUUUUAAAGUUACCAUGGCAACAUCAACAGUUUUAAAUAUUGAUCUGACCAGUCAGGAGUGCAUACCUUGUAACGUCAAAUAAAUAAAAUAUGAAUAAAAUAUUGCUAACAAAUGUUUCAAAAGCUUUAUUCAAAUAUUUGAAAAUCAUAAUCUUUUAAAUGAAUAUGAAAAGUACAGAUAGUAUUGUUUGAAAUAUGUAUACUUCCGUUUUUUAAAUCAUAGGAAAUGCUGCUCAAAUUAAUACUACUGACAUUCACGGAAGCCAAUGAGGUUUUACUUCCUUUAAUGGCACUCUCAAUAAUGCUUGAAACUUUCUUCUUAUUGGUAAUAAUCUCUUCAACGUAACAAGUUCACAGCUACCGAUUUCCAUCUUAUUUGUCAUUGGAUUUUAUCUAUAAGGCUUUUCAUCGAUUGUCAUUUGUUUCGAGCUUUUGUCAUAUGUUGUAGAAUCUGUGUAUAAUAUUAAUAUACACGGGUUAUACGAGAUAUGACAGAAGCUCGAAACAAAUGACUGUGAAUGAAAAGCCCUAUUGGCAUGCCACUAUUCGCCAUAAUUGUAGCGGACGUAUGUCGAAACGCAUGUCUCGUGUAUUUCUCAUGAUUGUCAAAUUUUAGAUAACGUGCAUUUUGCAUGGGAUAUCAUUCUUGCUAAUUGCCUUCAUGAAUGCAUUCACUUUCACAAAUGAUUUUUAAUCAACCCCUUUGUUUAUCCUCAACAUACUUUGCAAUUUCGAAUGGAAAGCUUGUACACAUAGUCGACGGCUUGUAUAGGGCUUUUCAUCGAUUGUCAUUUGUUUCGAGCUUCUGUCAUGUGUCACAUAAUAUUAACGUAUGACGUACAUAUUUAUUAAUAUUAUGUGACACAUGACAGAAGCUCGAAACAAAUGACUUUGAAUGAAAAGCCCUAUUGUUCCGACAUUUUCUGAAGGUAAGCAAGCACAACUUGUUCAUCUGUGUCUGUUACCUUUUGUUCUUCCAUCCAUUUAAUGAAGUUUCAUUCUUUUUAUAUAAGCAUCUUCCGAUUUUUGCGGUAUUGCAACCGCGAUUGUGUUUUACUAUUUAAGUAAUCAAUGUUAGAACUCAUUUUUAAGCAAUAUACAACCAGUAAUAACAAUUAAUCUUACGUGACAGAUUGCAAAUUAAUUUGUCUUUUUCUCAUUUCCAUAACAACGAAAGGUAUACUAAUGUAAAUCACAAAUUCAACCAUAUUACAUUAUUGGCUCUUACUUCAAUUUUUUGUAGUAAUAAUACAUGAUUUCAAAGUGGAUAAAUGGUAUUAACACCGCGCGUGUCGCAUCUACACUCAGUCGUAUGAACUAUGGUUUAUUAUAGAUAUUAUAGAGUAGUUCACAACAUUUGCUGUAUUGCAAGGUGUAUCUGCUGGACGUUUAUAUCUGGGACUGCCAACUCUGUAUACAGUGUGUCAAUUUGAAAAGUUGCCACCCCCUAUCAUUUGGUCCCUAUAGAAAAUCUAAAAAUAUGCAAAAGUAGACCAGUUUUCAACUAAUACAUCAACCCUAUAGCGGGGGCGGACACAACCCCCAAAAUCUUUAAUGGAAAAGGGGGUUGAGUGAUACCUCAUUUUGAAGGUCAUUAAAUUACCUUUUCAAAAAUACCACAUGCCUUAUAUUUCUUUUCAGUACUUUUGGAAAAAUCUUGGACUCAAUACUCUAAAAAAUUUUGGAGUUCUGAACUCUAUACUUAAUAUCUUUAUGAUUUUACUUGAUUUUUCCAAAAAUACUUCAAAAAAUACUCUAAAUACUUCAACACCCCAAAAAAAAAUCAAUUUGGAGUUCAAUACUCCAAAAAAAUGUUUGGAGUUCUGAACUCGAUAUUUAAUUAUUAAAAUUAAUUAAAAAAAAAAGUAAAAUUAGUGAAAAGAAAUAUAAUGUAUGUGGUAUUUUUGAAAAGGUAAUCGAACGACCUUUAAAAUGAGGUAUCACUCAACCCUCCUUUCCAUUAAAGAUUUUGGGGGUUGUGUCCGCCCCCGCUAGAGGGUUAGUGUAACUAAGUUGAAAACUGGUCUAAAAAAUGUCCCCCUCACAAAUAAAUUUGGCGUGUUUUUGUAUAUUUUUAGAUUUUCUAUAGGGACCAAAUUAUAGGGGGUGGCAACUUUUUAAAUUGACACCCUAUGUUAUAUGUUUUUAAAUGUCUACGUCGUAAAUAAUGUGUUACGUUAUACUAUGUCGACAUUAAAAUUUCAUUGAUGACGUGCAACGGUUUUGAUAGGAAAAUAAAGAAUAUACAUACUCGUAUAACUUGACUACUAAUGUUUGUAACCGCAGACAGAUCUUCUGAUUACCGCCUUCUACAAAUGUUUUUGUUCUUCUUAUAAGACGUGUUAAACAUAUUUAUAUUAAAACAUUAUUUAGUCGGAUAAAUUACUAUGAAUCUUAGCCCUUAGUAGAAAUUAAGUCGUGUUCCCAAUAGUUUAAAUACUGGGUACCUAAGCACUUAGUUUUUCUAUGUUUAUUGGACUUGUUAUAUUUUACGAAUAUGGGUUUAAUUUUCUUCUGAUGUGGGUUUCAUGUUACAAAACGUGAUAUUUAUUAAUCUAAAAAAAUCAAAAAUAUGUACAGUGUCUAAAAAAAGUAAUGUAAUUUGCUAUUUUUUUUUAUCUUUAUUUUUACAAUUAAUGUUUUCCGAAGAAAUCAAUUUUCUCAAAUUUUUCGUGUACCUAAUAAUUUAAAAUUACUCAAAGGAACUUUCUAUGAAUUUAUUCUCAUUUAUUUAUUUUCAAUAAAUUACAUUACUUUUUGUACCAAUGUUGGGUCUCUCAUCCGAUCCCAUUCACAAAACAUAUUUUUAAUAAACUUCUGGGUAACUGGGCUAAGGACGUUGUUGAUAAUUUUGAUGAAGUUCUUGUAACAUCAUCAGUAAAAUUGGCGGAGGGUCGUAAUUUUGUAAACUAAUUUUAAAUUGUAUAUGGCAAGGAUUUUCGGUAUUUAAACGCUUAUUUCAAGUAAUUAGGGCGCAUUUUGGUCUGGCUGCUCUAAUUUGAAUUUUUAAUCGUCUUUAGGGGCCAAACGAAAAACAAAAAAACUUUUUUUUCUUUCAUAUAUGAUUUCAAUUAUGUUCUGUUAUGAUUUAUAGCAUUUUUUUGAAUUAAAAAUUUUAUGCAAGUUCCCUAUUUACCUAACGUAUUUUUAACUGUAGCACAACAAGCCAAAUGUUAACAAUUCUACAAAUUUAAACAAUGUCCUUUGUUGCUUGAUGUGAUGAUCGAGACAGAAAUUAAGAGUAAACGACAUUGUUAUGUAAAAAAAAUGCUAAUAUAGUGAUAAAUACCAGCUUAAACAUUUCUGAUCCCAUUUAAAAUGAAUGCGAUUUAUGUCUCCCAUCCAUUUUUAAUGAUAACAUCACUGAAUCACAUAAAACUAAGAACAAGUACCUUAUUUGUCACCCAAAAUAUAUUAAUUUACUAAUUUUAGAUAUCACUAAAGCUUUCAAAUGAGGUAUUGCUUGACAUAUGACCCGAUUUAAAAUUAGUUUUUAAAAUAUCGUCCCCGCCAUUUUAAUAUUAUUUGUGUUACAGAAAAGCUAUGAAUAGUAGGCGGCUUAGAUCCAGACCCAGAAAUUUAUUAAUUUGAGUUUUAUGGUUCAGAAAAUAUGUUGCGAGGUGAUGAAUUACAUUACUAAUGAAUUGUAUUAUAUCGCAACAUGUGAGGAUCUGUGCGUUAGAUUAAUAAAUAUAUCUGAAAGUUGAAAUAUUUUUCUGAAUUACACCAGCUCAUCAUCCCACAUUGUAUCGCAUUGUAGAUUAAGUAUUUUUUUGGUAUAACUCUUUUUGGCAGUAUUCUGAAACCAUAGAGUUAAGUUUGUAGCCGUAUUAUGUGAAAAUAAAUAAUAAUCGGUCUCGAAGAAAAGAUUUUAAAAUAUAUUAUAUGAGAGGGAUACGAGCUGUAAAUAAAACAAAUAAUAUGUGUUGACAUUAAAAAAAUUAUUGCUUUAAUCAAUAGAACGCAUGGAAGAAUGACGUUUGAUAACGUGUGUUAAGGCCUGAAAUUUUGCUACUUUUAAUUAGGGUUUUACCUUUGGCAACAGAUAAACGUCAGAUGGUACCAAACCAAGCUAACAAGGUGGAUGGCCUAAUACUAUUUUUAUUAGUACAAACACAAACGUAUACAAAUUGGUCUAUGGGAAUGGGAAACGUGCCAAAGGAAAGCAAAACCUAGCUGUAGGUCAUAAAACUCCAUAAAUCUACUAUGGAACCUUCAAAGUUAAAUUUUUCGGUCAUCAGCCAAUCAGAUCUGUUAAAAAAGAGUUAUAUUCCACUUUUCCCUAUAUAUUUGUGAUAUUUAAAGAUUUUCUGUUAGUUAUUUAAGUUGUUUAUCUCAACUUAGCGCUGUACAGCAGUUAGCAUAGUAG